GCUGCCUCACCCGCCAUAAGCAAGUAGUUAAUAGAUGUUUUCUUUCUCGCUCCUUCAUCAUACCAUUUGUACUUCCCACUGCUACGCCACAACUGCCCUGAUCUUUCCCCUACAGACAGGCUUGUUCAUCCGCCAGUGACGAGCUUUUAUAUCGACCCGCCUCUUUUGGGUACAAACUCCGGUCGAGGUCGUCCCCGACCUCAUCAACUCAUCACCUCUCAUCGCUCCUCCUGGCUCCCUAGACUCCUGCUGGCACAUGAAAUGAGUCCCUCGCCGAAAGUCACCGCGACCGGUCUCUCUGCUUAAUUCACCAUGCGCUGGCGGCUGCCUGGUCGAUCGAGGUCGCUCCCGGCCAGCGCCGCUAUCGUCCUCCUCCCCUCCCUCCUCCUUACAGCUCCGCAGCAGCUGUCCUACGCCCAGCAACACGAUGCCGCCGUAUCAUCGUCCGUCUACACCGCGUCCAGCCCGACCGGACGCUCCGUGAUUGACGAGUCCCGGCAUACCUAUUUUCGAGACACACACCCACAUACUCACCCGGACGUGAAGAAGAAUCCGGACAACGAUGUGAGCGCCCUGGCGACUCUGGCUCUGGCUGGCUCUGAUAGCCAUGCCGUUCGAGCCCCUCCUGCCCAGCCUGGCAGCCCGACUGCUGGCCUGGUGUCGCAGCUUCAAGCGCGGUCCCUGCAGGACUGGGAGGUUGAGGACUUUGUUCUAUUGGCGACCGUCGAUGGCACCAUUCACGCACGAGAUCGGAAGACCGGCGCCCCGAGGUGGGCGUUGGAAGUGCCCGGUAGCCCAAUGGUCGAGAGCAUUUAUCACAACCGCUCGUCUCCCAGCUUCGACGCCGAUUCCUCAACCAACGAUGACGACUUUCUCUGGAUCAUCGAACCGAGUCGGGAUGGCAGUCUUUAUAUAUUCCAGCCUGGCCCCGAAGGUGGCCUCCAACAGUUGGGUCUGACUGUGAAAGAUCUGGUCAACGAGACCCCGUACUCGGGAACGGUACCACCCGUGACGUAUACCGCCCUAAAGGAAACCACUUCGUAUACCGUGGACGCACGCACAGGGAAUGUCCUCCGUGUGUUCAGCUCCCGUGGACCAAUCACUCCCGAACAGGGUUGCAAGAUAGAUAGGCCUGGAGUGGAUGGGGAGGGUGAUUGUGAGUCACCAACUGGCACAUUGACCAUCGGUCGAAUACAAUACGUCGUUCGGAUUCAGAAUACCGAAAACGGAGAAGAGAUUUGCACGCUCAAGUACUCCGAGUGGGCGCCGAACAAUCGUGAUAUGGACCUCCAAAGCCAAUAUCACCAGACGAUGGACCAAAGUCACAUAUAUAGCCUGCAUGAUGGCGUUGUUCUCGGCUUCGACCAUUCUCACAUGGAACGAGCUCGAUACAGUCAGCGAUUUUCCAGUCCUGUAGUGCGUGUCUUCGACGUCGCACGCCCAGUCAAUGUUGACUCUUCAGACUCACCUCUCCCACUUGUUUUAUUGUCCCAGCCGAUCCAGCCGCCUGACCCGGACUAUGCAACUACGGCCGACUCGCAGCACCGGGUCUUUAUCGACUGUACCGAGACAGGUGGCUGGUUUGCUAUGUCCGAAUUGACAUAUCCACUCGUAACUGGCCGUGCAGAGCUGGCACAAUGCUACAAUAAGGACUUUUUCCGUGACAGUCACUCGUUGUUGACAUUGGACCUCCAGCGUCAGCGGAAAGCAUUGGUGGGUGUUCAUUCCCUCAACACACCAUCUGGCGGCAUUGGCCCGCGGCGAAGUAUGCAUAGUGUUACUGGCCCAUCAGCAAUUGGCGGUGGUCCCAAUGGCACUCCUCGAGAUGUGGUUAGCUCUCCGUCAUACCUGGCUUCUCCGCCAGCCCUUCGUCAGAGUGUUAUUAUUCGCACUGGUUGGGAAAAUAGAACUGAUAUUGUUGUUCUGGUAAUUCUUGCUCUUUUUGGAUAUUUCAUCUACGUCAAUUCAGGUCUUUUCCAGGAGCAAUUGAAGCAGAAACUUGAUUUGAAGAAUAUUCUCAAUGGAUAUGAUCAGCAAUUUUCGACACCUCCUGCAUCCCCGAUUACCACUACGUAUCCCCAAGGGUCGCAUCCACUAGGCGUUCAAGCUGAGCUAGCAACUCCGAAGAAAGCUCGUGUGCAGAUCGAUGAUCCAGAAAUUAUCGGUAGAGACUCAACUCCCCGAGGAACUCGAAGUUCUUCGCAACAGCCCGACCCAGACUCAACACCUCGGCUUCGAUUUCGCGAGCCAUCUCGAGGGCCUGAUGAUGAAGGGGAUGAGCUGAACCUGCAAGAUUCAGGAUUGAAGAAGAAGAAACGCCAACGAGGUCAACGAGGGGGCAAGUCUCAUAAGCGUAAAGCGAAGCCGGGACCAGAAGGUGGCAAGGCCGAGAAUCCGGUGGUGGAACAAAUACAGUCUCUCGCCCCACCACCUGGUCUUGAGCCAGAUAUCCAACUAGCUCGCCAGGUGUCUAACGAGAUUCUUGAGAUGGACGGGGCCAUUCGCAUUGGCCAGCUCAAAGUCUAUACAGAUACAGUCUUGGGUCAUGGUAGUCAUGGAACUAUUGUUUACAAAGGAACCUUUGACGGACGAGAUGUGGCUGUCAAACGUAUGCUUGUUGAGUUUUACGAUAUUGCAUCACACGAAGUUGGCUUACUACAAGAGAGUGAUGACCACGCAAACGUUAUUCGAUACUACUGCCGUGAACAAGCUACUGGUUUCUUGUAUAUCGCCCUAGAACUGUGCCCUGCUUCAUUGCAAGAUGUAGUUGAGAGGUCGCAGGACUUCCCUCAACUAGUCAACGGCGGAUUGGAUGUUCCAGACGUGUUACGGCAAAUCACGUUGGGUGUGCGUUACCUCCACUCACUUAAAAUCGUACACCGAGACUUGAAGCCUCAGAAUAUCUUGGUUGCGACGCCACGAGGCCGCAGCGUAAGUGCACAGCCAGCUCUUCGUCUUUUGAUCUCCGACUUUGGCCUGUGUAAGAAACUUGAAGACAACCAAAGCUCUUUCCGAGCGACAACUGCGCAUGCAGCUGGUACCUCUGGAUGGCGGGCUCCGGAGUUGUUGGUGGAUGAGGACCAGCAGUCGGCAAUGGCCAUCAGUGGCAGCCACUCCAACCACACAGAGUCAUCAGAGCCGGCAGUGGUUGACCCGCAAACCAACCGACGAGCAACGCGAGCAAUUGACAUUUUUUCGUUGGGAUGCGUUUUCUACUACGUUCUUACGCGUGGUGGUCAUCCCUAUGACAAAGAUGGCAAGUUCAUGCGCGAAGCCAACAUUGUCAAGGGCAAUUACAAUUUGGACGACUUGCAACGGCUAGGUGAUUAUGCGUUUGAAGCCGAUGAUCUCAUUCGCAACAUGCUCAGCCUGAACCCCCGUCGACGACCGGAUGCCACUACUGUGCUCAUGCACCCAUUUUUCUGGGGCGCUGCCGAGCGACUGAACUUUCUCUGCGACGUGUCAGACCACUUCGAAUUCGAGCCUCGUGAUCCUCCGUCUGCGGCGCUCGAAACGCUCGAGUCCGUAGCAGAGGAUGUCAUGGGUCCUGACAUGGAUUUCUUAAAACUCCUCCCCAGAGACUUCAAAGACAGCCUUGGCAAACAGCGCAAAUAUACAGGAUCCCGCAUGCUCGAUCUGCUACGAGCACUUCGCAACAAGCGCAAUCACUACAACGACAUGCCGGAGCAUCUGAAAGCGCAUAUUGGCGGACUGCCCGAGGGUUAUCUGCGGUUCUGGGCGGUGCGAUUCCCGUCACUACUGAUGAACUGCCAUUCGGUGGUGGUGGAUCUGGAUUUGUGUAGGAUUGAGCGGUUUAAGCGGUAUUUCACGGCACCGGAAUAAUCUACUAGCUAUAAUCUAAAUAGGUAAUGAAUGAAUUAUGAUUGAUG